AUAAAAGCGAAGAACGUCUGUUGAUCCAGCCAGUGUACGUUUGCGCGAAUCAAAGCGAACCACGAUGAUCAAGCUGUUCCUCAUUACGUUGCUUUGCGUGGCGGUGUUUGCCGAUUCACAGGCCGACUCGCCGGUCGACAAAUUGAAUCAAGCAUGGACAGGACCACUGAAUGCAAUGGCCGAUAUGGCUGAUGGUGUUGCAAAUGCUAUGACGGGUCAAGCAAGUUCUUUAGUGCGACGUGCGGCAGAAGGACCAGGACAAGGACAAGGACCACCAUCACCACAAGGACCACCAUCACCACAAGGACCACCAUCACCACAGGGAGAAGGCCAGGGAUAAAACCAAAACUCAUAACUCUGGUCUUUUUGAAUGGCUACUAAAUCUAUCGCUAUAAAUGGAUGAAGGUGUGAUUAGAUUAUACUCGCAAUCAGCACUGUUUUACUAAAUUAUUCACGCGGCCGAAAAAAAACCCCGAUUUUAGGAUAAUAAAGCUUGAUACUGCAGCAA